AUGAAAAAGACAAGCAUGGAACAAGAGGACCAGUUUGCUCUACAGCUCAAAGAGGAAACCCGGGACAUCGCGUUUAUGGUUCUCGACUUUGUCCCGUCAACGCGCCCUGAUUGGCUGAUCCUUUUACGCGAGCAUGGUGGCUCCACAAAUGCGUGGGCUCAAGACAUUAUGCAAGACGUUCACACAAGCCGCACCCACUUGUCAGGCGUUUUAGUUCCUGAUCUGUGCCUUAACUGCGCCAAGUCGACUUCACCAUUCAAGAAGAAGGAUUACCGUCGAAUGGCGACAGGUUUAUUUAAAAAGUGGAACUUACGUGACGCUCUGGCGAAAGAAAAGGCUCGAACCUGCAGUGCAGAAGAGACCCUGCGACGUAGGGAGCGAGAGUGGUUAGAAGUCGAUGAGGCAAGACAGGCGGAAGAGGAACAAAGGAUCGCGCAAAUGCUUCCGGCCAACGUGCAAAGCCACCUUGAAAGCGUCAUUAACUCUCUCCGAGCCCAGCUUCGUGUUUUCUUAAAAGGAAUGCCAGAAUACCUGUUUGUUAUGAGAGGACUUUGUGUUUUUAAUCUUUCCGUCUUGGCCAUCCGUCCAGCUAUCAUGGGUCACAGUGAAGAAGUUUUCCUCUUCUAG